AUGUAUGAGGUGGCGUACGUCCCGUUGCAAAAGCCAACUGUUGCUCCACGACACCAACAUAUCUCGACACCAGCUGCUACUACAACCAUCUGCAAGCACAACGAGAGGAAUCCAGAGCUAGUAGGCACACUUGUGCAUUGUGUCCGUCAUGGACAUGAGCAAGGCCAGGCGCCAUGGCGUCGGCGUCGGCGUCCGGCUGAGGCAGCGGCUGUCGCAGAUCCUACUCCACUCUUCCUGCACCACCACAUCGGCCACGGCAUUCGUCACCAAUGUCGCCGUGGCGGCCGGGAACGCCGCCGCGGCGCGCCAAGCACCGCCUCCCGCCGCCGCCAACGACGCCCAUCAGCCGAGGCCCAAGAUCGAUGGCAGUGUCCGGCGUCGGCGCCGGCGCAGCGCGCGGGCUCUUGUUCACAUCUCCAUCGACUGCUCCGGCCCCACCAGCGCCCGCUCUGUCGGCGCCGCGGUCAUGCCAUCUCCGGUGCGCCGGCCAAGGACGUGAAGGCUGUCAUCAGGAGCAAGGCUCGCGGUGGGAGGCCGCGGUCGCCGUCGUACAGCUGCUCGUCCUCCACCGUCACCGACGACGAGCUCCCGCCGUUCAGCAGCAGCGACGGGGAGGGCGGCGAGGGGGCGGAGACGAGGUCGUCGACGCUCUUCUCCUCCCUCAGCAUCUCCUCCGACUCCACCUCCGAUUUCUACAACAGCACCGGCGGCGGGUCAAAGCGCCACCACAAGAACCCACCUCGCCGCGUGCCUCGCCGCGCGCCGCCGAGAGGCGCCAAUGCCGGCGACGCGAAGCCGCACGAAGACAACAAGGGCGGCGCGAAGAAAGCCGACGACAAGCACGGCGGCGGCGUCGUCGGCGUGGCCGCGGCGGGCAGCAUGGCGGUGGUGAAGCGGUCGCACAACCCGUACGCCGACUUCCGGAGCUCGAUGGUGGAGAUGGUGGUGGAGCGGCGCAUCUGUGGCGCCGACGCCAUGGGCGACCUCCUGAUGUCGUACCUGUCGCUCAACUCAAGGCGCCACCACCCGGCCAUCCUCGCCGCCUUCGAGGACGUCUGGGAAGCCGUCUUCGCCACGCCCUGAUCGAUCGAUCGAUCGAUCGAUCUCCAUCCUUGUAACAAAUGCAAUGUACAGCUUGUUCUUCCAAGCAUCGAUUGUUCUCCGGAACAUGUAACUUAAUUUAUUAUUAGUAGCCGCUUAAGAAUUUAUUUAUCCUUAUAUCAUUGUUUCACUUUCA